CUCUCUCUCUCCCUCUCAUAAGCACUCCCGCGCGUGUACACACACCAUCGCCGUAGCGACACGCGCGCGCACGCACACGCGCACGUGCGCACGAGUCGCCGGGUUACGACGGCGCAGCUGGACCCCAGCCAUCCCGCGAAAGGAGGAUCCGAGCCGGGAGGAGAGAGAGAGAGAGACGGGGAGAAAGGGAGGAGGACGGAAGGAGCGGAAGAGCGAAUAGGAGCGCAGGCAGUGCGAGGGGAGACGAGCGCUGUGAAAGGAUACAGAGAGACAGGGGAGGAAAAAAAAAAGAGAACAGGAAACGAUAUUACUCACAGCGCAAGUGGUCCGCGUUGCAGAAUGGGAAAUGCACCAUCCCAAGGCAUGUCUGCUCUAUCUCCAUGAAUACUGUAGUAGCAGACCCUGAGCGCAGUGGAGGUCACAUGAUCUCGACGGACGACGCAGAGUACCCGCGGGAGUACCGCACGCUGGGGAACGGCACGCGCCGCUUCUCCAACGUGGGCCUGGUGCACACCUCGGAGCGCCGGCACACCGUCAUCGCCGCGCAGAGCCUGGAGGCGCUCGGCAGCCUGCAGAAGGCCGACAUGGAGCGCAAGCGCGACGUCUUCCUGGACCACCUGAAGAACAAGUACCCGCCCCAGCACCCGCCGUCCCCCUCCCAGUCCCACGGCAGCAUGAGGGGGGCUCCUGACCGCACCCGUGAGCAGCAACAGCCAAACUACUGGAGCUUUAAGAGCCGGAGCCCUCGACACUCCCAGUCCACGCAGUCGGGCCUGGCCGACCAGGCCGCCAAGCUGUCCUUCGCCUCGGCCGAGUCGCUGGAGACCAUGUCGGAGGCCGACAUCCCGCUCGGCUUCAACCGCAUGAACCGCUUCCGGCAGAGCCUGCCCCUGUCGCGCUCGGCCAGCCAGACCAAGCUGCGCUCGCCAGGGGUGCUUUUUCUGCAGUACGGGGACGAGACGCGGCGGGUGCACAUCACCCACGAGCUGAGCAGCCUGGACACGCUGCACGCCCUCAUCGUGCACAUGUUCCCGCAGAAGCUGACCAUGGGCAUGCUCAAGUCGCCCAACACCGCCAUCCUCAUCAAGGACGAGGCGCGCAACGUAUUCUACGAGCUGGAGGACGUGCGCGACAUCCAGGACCGCAGCAUCAUCAAGAUCUACCGCAAGGAGCCCAUCUACGCCUCCUACCCCGCCGCCCACCUGGCCAACGGGGACCUGCGGAGAGAGAUGGUGUACACGUCUCGGGACUCCUCCCCCACGCGGCGGCUCAACAGCGGGCCGUCGUCGGCCUCCCCGCCCUCGGCGUCGCCCUCCCGCUCCCGGCUCUCGUACGGCGGGGGCCGCCCGCCCUCCUUCGUGGGGCCGGCCCAGGCGCACCCCCACGCCCAGCACCACCCGCCCUCCUCGGGCCACCCCCACGCCCUGCCCCACCCCCACCCCCACCCCCACCACGCCCCCCCGGCGGGCCUCUCGCCGUCGCCCAGCGCCAUCCUGGAGCGGCGCGACGUCAAGCCGGACGAGGAGGUGACGUCCAAGAACAUGGUGCUGCUGAAGAACGAGGGCCUCUACGCCGACCCCUACGGCCUGGUGCACGAGGGCCGCCUGAGCAUCGCCUCGACGCAGUCGCUGGCCGCCAUCGGCGACCCCUUCGCCUUCCCGGUGUCCGGCGGCCUGUACCGCCGCGGCUCCGUCCGCUCGCUCAGCACCUACUCGGCCGCCGCCGCCGCCCUGCAGGGCGAGCUGGAGGAGGCCCUGUACAAGCCCGGCGGCCCGCUGUACCCCGACGCCUACGCCUCCACGCUGGGCGUGGGCUUCCGCAUGCCCCCCUCGUCCCCGCAGAAGGUGCCGGAGGCGCAGCUGCGGGACCGGGACUCGUACUCCGGGUCGCCCGGCCGCGGCUCCCCCGUGCGCCAGGCCUUCCGGAAGGACUCCUCGUCCUCCGUCUUCGCCGCCGAGAGCCCCAAGUCCCGCGCCGCCUCCGGCUCCGACCCGCUCUGCGGGGCCGUGCUCCCCGGGGGGGACAUGAACCGGGGGACGACGGGGACGCCGGGCUACAACUCCCCGCUGCCCGGCAAUGAAACAGAGACCCGGGAGCGGAUGGAGGCGAUGGAGAAGCAGAUCGCCAGUCUCACGGGCCUGGUGCAGAGCGUGCUGACCAGAGCGCCAGACAGCGACAGCGCCGAGAAGACCGAGUCCGCCAACGACUGCUCGGGCGCAGGAACUGGACGGAUAAAAAAAAGGAAAGCCCUGACGCCGUCGGCGCCUCUGGCUCUGAUGCCGCCCCCCCCUGCCGGAGCCGCGCAGGCCACCACCGUCACGCGCUUGCAGAUGCAGCUGCACCUGCACGACCUGCAGCACAACGCCACCGAGCUGCGCGACCAGCUGUCCCAGCUGCGCAAGAUGCAGCUCCAGAACCAGGACUCAGUGCGGUCGCUGCUGAAGCGGACGGAAACAGAGAUCAGCGUGCGAGUGACGGACGCACUACGCAAACAGGAGGACCCCCUGCAAAGACAGCGCCUCCUGGUGGAGGAGGAACGACUGAAGUACCUGAACGAGGAGGAGCUGAUUAUUCAGCAGCUGCAUGACCUGGAGAAAUCUGUGGAGGAGAUCCAGAAGGACUCGUCAGUGAACCACCGGCUGGUGACGGCGCAGGAGCUGGAGGAGAAGGCCACAGUGCUGAGGAAGCUGGGAGAAACGCUCACCGAGCUCAAGAACCAGUUCCCCAGCCUACAGAGUAAGAUGCGGGUGGUGUUAAGGGUUGAGGUGGAGGCGGUCAAGUUCCUCAAGGAGGAGCCACAUAGGCUGGACGCCUUACUGAAACGCUGCAAGACGGUCACAGACACGCUGACCACCCUGCGCAGGCAAGUGAAUGAGGGAACAUGGAAGAGCCAGGAGGACUUUGCAAGCUCGUUGCCCAAGCAGGGGGACGAAUUUAGCAAGAGCGCAGACUUUGACAUUCCUACCAGCCCUCCUCUCAGCCUCAACAGCCUGGGGGGCAGCACCAGCCUCUCCAACUGGACCCCUCACUCCAGCCCCAGCCAAGGCAACCCCUCGGGUCUGCACCAUGACCCCCAGCCCCCGGGGUCCCUGAAGAACCGGGCCCUGGACGAUCUGUCGGGCCGCCGGGGCGUAGACAAAUCGGUGUCGGCGGAGGUCAGACUGGCCGCUGAGCGGGACUGGGAGGAGAAGCGGGCGAACCUGACGCAGUACAGCGCCCAGGACAUCAACCGGCUCCUGGAGGAGACGCAGGCUGAACUCAUGAAGGCCAUACCGGACCUGGACUUUGCAGCCAAGCAGAUCAACAAGCCCUCGGCGAUCCCCGUGUCCCAGAGCGGCAACACCACCCCGGAGCACCGCCCAAACAAGCCCCAGCACUCCGCCCACAAGCUGUCCAGCAAGGAGCCCGGCUCACGGCGUGGCUCUGACGAGCUGAUGGUGCCUCGGUAUCGCACGGAGAAGCCCUCCAAGUCGCCCCCGCCCCCGCCACCCCGCCGUAGCUUCCCAUCAUCCCAUGGGCUCACCACCAACCGCAGCGGGGAGGUCAUCGUCACCAGCAAGACCAUCAAGAAGUCCGAGUCGGAGGAGACGGAGACCCAGAAACCCCACGUCAAGCUGCGGCGGACCGUCUCCGAGGCCCCGCGGCCCGCCUCCACCCCCCCUGUCAUCGCCGCGUCGGGGGUCAAGGAAGAUGACGACGAGGAGAAGAUCAUCGCCGAGCUGGAGGUGUUUCAGAGAGCCCCAAUUAGAGUCAAAGUGUCCCCUCCCCACUCCCUGCCCAGCACCCUGCGCAGGACCAGUACCCCUCCCUCCAGCCUGGACCUGUGGCCCUCAGGGGCCGCGGGAAGGAAGACGUCCUCAGCUUCCCUGGACUGCUCCAGCCUACGGUGGGAGUUGGGCAAACUGUAUAAGCGUAACGCCAGCUCCCCAGCACCAGACUCACAGGAACGUGAUGUUACUGCCCCCAGUUCCUCAUCCAGUCAGGUCCCCCGCAUCAUGCUGACUGACUGGACAUCUGUCUCUUCUUCCCGUUCUGAGAGCCCGGUCAGGGCUGGUCCAGAGGGACACUUUGCACAGAGAACACUGCAGGGCAUAACCACAGGAAGAGGCUGCAGUAACGUCAAGAGCCCUCACCAAGCCUUUGGUGUCACCUCAGCCAUUGACCCGAGACUGACCACAGUGGAUGACCAACAGUUAACGAGGAUUGGCCUCACCCCUCAGAAACAGAGCCAGGCACUCCCCAAGGUGUCCAAGCCUCCUGAGGAAAUUCCUGCAGUCCGGACACAGAGGAGGCCCCAAAGCUACGAGCUGAGGAUCCAGGAGUCCUUUGAAGAGGCGGGUGGAGAGGAGGGCAGGGAGGACCUGGCCCUUAUCCUCACAGACAGGGAGGUGAGGGUGCUGUCCGGCAGAGAAGCUCAGAAGCUCAGCAGUUCAGGAGCUGGCCAGGAGGUGCGGACUGUGAUGGUCCAACCUGAGGCACCAGAGGGCGAUGCCGAGCUCCCCGCACCUGGGACUAAACCUUGCAGGCUGCAGUUGAGCAGCACCCCACUGAUCCUGUUGUUCGGAGAGUCCCUGCAGGUCAAAGAGGCCUACAGACAACUAGAGGCACUGCUGGAGGAGGACGAGGAGGAGGAGGAGGAGGAAGAGGCCGGAGACCUCCAGGCUGGAGGCCAGGUUUACCGUCAGAGUCAGAGGUGGAGGCCGGUGCCCAAACCGAGGAUGGCGAGGACUCAGGGCGCCUCCAGGAGAGCUGGCCCCAGGAUACAGCUUCCCAAGGGGCAGCUGGUCACCCUGAGGGAGGCUUUGAGGCAGGGCCUUCAGACAGGAAACAGAACCCUGCAGCUCCUCAUCAGCGCAGAGCGGGACGCCAGCACGUUGUCUCUCAGGGUGGGCGACUGCAGGUCAAAAUCACCUUGCCCUGGGGUUUCCGCGUCAACGCCGAAUGGGUCAGCCCGUCCUCAGCAGAGUCGAGCUGAGGGGGGCGGGCUUAAAGGGGCGCUGGCAGGAGACGUCCGCAGCAGCACCUUCCAGAGGCUGGACAGCCUGGAGGAGACCAUUCGCGUACUGGAGAACACCCUGCAGGAGAUCAGCGCCAACCCCUCAGCGGGCUACCUCUUCCCCAGAGACUUUCUCAGGCAGCUGAGCUCUGACAGCAGGAGCGAGCCUUGUAGUACUGGGCAGAUCACAGAAGGUCCAAUCCCUCCGCCCAGAACUGCAGACUCGGAGGCCACCUCCCCCUCCCCCAUCUCCAAGAAGAAGCCUCCUGUCCCACCCAAGCCAUCCGGCAUCCCGGUGCACCUGAUUAAGGUCUUCCCGCCCUCCGUGGUGUGUCAUUUCCUGUUUGGUCAUACAGUGAUCUCCUUGGUACUCUUCUGGCUUGGGAUUGGCCUUCUCUCUGAAAAAUCCUCUCCUGGGAGACAAGCAGGGGCUGUUCUUUCACCUGACUGGCAGUGCUGGACAGCUUAAUUUGCUGCUAUUGUAUCUGUUAUGUGCUCUUGCUACUGAAGAUAUUUCAAUUUUUGAAUUCUCUUAAAAGUGAAUCAUAUUAAAUCGGAGUUCAAUUAAAAUUAAUUUAAUUAAAUAUGAGGAUAAAGGUAUUGAGAGGCACUUUGGUUGACCUAUUACAGGGGCACUUAACAGACUAAAGCAAAUAAGUGGUUUCCUAGCUUCCUUGUUUCUUCAGAAAGAGUCUACAACCUCACCUUUAGAGAUGGACUGACCCAGGUAUAAUCCAAUGUCAUUGUAAUUAGUUUGCUAGGGCUAGCAAUUGAGUACUAGCACUGGAACAGUCACACGCUCAUUUGGUUGCUGGUCUCUAUUUUCUGAAGGUGGGGUUACUGGCUUGUUUGAAUGCAUGGUUGUUGGGAACGUGCGUAUUGAUUUCUCUGUUCUGUCAUGUUCCCCAUCUGUAAAUCAGUGGACUCCUGUCGCUGCAUCAAUAAACUGUCCCCUCCCUCACUGACCUCUCACUAAAAGGUCUGCUGAAGCCUCUUGAUUGUUUUUCCCCAACGUGCAGUGGUGUUUCCUGUCCAAUACUCUGAAAUCAAUAACCGAGUUCCAGCCUUAUUAUUGCUUGAUGCCUAUUGACGUAUUUGCCCCUUGGUUUAUGGGACAUCCCUUUAAGGUGUGUUAAUGGGACAUAACAUUAGCAUGGCUUAGUGCAAUGCAUAAAGUGAAAGUCUCAUCAACAUUUUAAAACAUGGAACAAACAAAACAUAGAUGAAGUGGCUUGGAACAUGAAGCCAGUUGAAAAGCAGAUUCUCUUGUACUUCCUGUACACUUCCUUCUUAUUUUAUAUCUCUUCCUUCAUCAGUACUUCAGACUGAGACAGUGAAAAGCAGCUGCAUCUCUUUAGUCCUGCUAAAGGUGGCUGGUGAGGUUUUGGCCUCCGUGCAUUUUCUCAAAUGUCAAACAACAUGCCUUAAAGACAGCCAUACCUCCAGGCUGUCAUAUGAUAGAGAUGUGCCAGGCAUUAAGGGACAUAGAGUCUUCAGCAUCCGUUAAGGCAUACUGGUUUCAGCCUUGCUCUCAUAAAUAUCAUCAAGGACAAAUUGAGAAUAGAGACUGAACUUUGGAAGACCAUAAAACAAAGAUAUGUUGGGGAAACUCCCAUUUUCAGAUUCUGCUUUCAGGUGCGAAUUCUAGGAAGCUAUAAAAAAUGCAGAAUAACAUUAAAAUUCUUAAAUUUUUCAAAUUUUUUGUCAGAUGAUUGAUUUUUAAUGUCAUCUACUAAAUAUAUCUUAAUGUAUUCAUUCUGUAUUUUUACACUAGAAAUGUUAUUUCUUCUAAUUUAGUGUAGAUAUUAUGCUAAUAUGAUGAUUGUAUGUACUGCAUGUGUGUAUGAGCAUUCAUGUGCGUAUGUAGAAACACAUACAUAUACACAGGUAUAAAAAAUCUUAUAUAUGGUUAUAUGAAUGUGGAAAUGGUUAUAUGAAAUUGAAUGGCCAAGUUGUGUGUGAAUUUGAGAAUGACCAACUUGACUUGCUUAUUCGUUAUAGAAUUAAUAAAUAAUGGUGGAUCUCAUUUUAAAUGUUGGCUAGUGCACUCUUUACAUUUCGCUUGCCUCUGCCAGCAAACCCACAGCAAUGUGGUGCUCUGCUCAGCUGUGGGGUGUCCGAAAGUCAUUAACUCUUCCCUAAUUCACUCUCUCGUUUCGAAAUACACACAAUUAAUAGCAGAAUUAUCGCAGGAGUGCAAUCAGGAUUUCCAUCUCUGACUCUGGUAAUGACUGAAAUUCUAAUUAAAAAUACAUUAGGAGGCCGUUACCGGGCACCAGCGGUGAAGAUAUUGUAUCUUAACUUUUCAUCUGCUUCUGUUCUGCUUUUCCUACAAUGAAUUAACGAAACCACCAACGAGUCAUUAUUUGCUCAUGCUUAAAAACCUGUGGCUGGCCUUGUCAAAAGUGUUGUCGCACGCAAGAAGAAUUUUUAUUGGCAAAGUUUCUUAAAACUGGAAUUUGUGCGGUGGUUUUAUUAGUCGUAUCGACUGGGUGAUCUGAAAGAUUUUCGGGGGGGAUGCGAGGGAACAGCUCACUCCGGCUUUGGGACUCACCCGCUGCCCCCUUUCCCUCUCCG